AUGGCCUCGAGCCAGCCGUCGACGUCCGAGUCCUCGAGCGACGAUGGCUACCGAAUGAGUCCAGCCGCCGCGCGGGCCUUUGCGCGACGCAACAUGCGGAGGAGCUCACCCACGCCUGACCUUGUCACGAGUCUGGUGCGUCCACCGUCGCCAGACAGAUACUACACGCCAACCAACGCGGACCGAGGAGAGCGAGGUGCUCGCAGGGGAUCUGGGCGCUGGAGAUCACAAGCUGUGGGCCGUGUAGACGGCAACGGGACCUCGGCACGUCGAACAGGCCCGUUGAUGACACCGCAUCCCGCUUCGCUCGACCUGCCAGCCAAAUAUGGAGGCGAUAGUGUCUUUGACAUGUAUGCCCUGACCUAUGUCUCCGAAAGUGACCCAGCACUGCUGUGCCCGAUAUGUCACGACCCCCUCGUCGAUCCGGUCACGACGCCAUGCGACCACACUUUUUGUUACCGCUGUCUGCGGAGGAGCAUCGAGUCGAGCCCAGCUGGCACGGCCUGCCCAGUCGACCGGGAGCCUUUGACGUGGGCCGAGUGUUUCAGCACGGGGCGACUGGUCAGGGCCCAGCUUAAUGUCCUGAUUGUGAAAUGUCCUCAUCACGGUCGGGGUUGUACACACGAAUGCAAGCGGGAAAACAUUGAGACGCAUGCGACAGUCGAGUGUCGAUUCAAGGAUUACCACUGCGCCGACCCAGAGUGCGAGAAAAAGGUCAGGUCCAAGCCCGUGGUCGACUACUGCCAGCAUUAUUCUACGCACUGUCGCUACUGCGACCAAUCCAUCAUCGAGGCGGACCGGGAUCUCCAUCUCCUCACCUGCGAGAAAGGAAAGGCACGAUGCGAGGCAUGCUGGCAGAUGGUCACGAGGGCAUCCAUGGCUUCUCAUCAUGAGCUCGACUGUGAUGGUAUCGAAGUAGGAUGUCAGUAUGCUGACCUUGGGUGCCCUGUCCGCGUGGAACGUGGCGACCUCGCCGAACACUUGUCCGAGUGCCCUUUCCACCCAGAAACCGCGUCUGGCAUGGUGAUCCGAUCACAACGCGACCUUAUCCAGACAUACGCCGACCUUACAAGCCAAGUGCAGCAGUGUCGCAGUCAGCAAGCCGAGAAUGCGAGGAAAAUAGAAGACAUCACGCUAGCCGUGGACGGGCGAGGAAGAAGCGACUCAUCCCUGGGCGACCACCGCACCAUGCAGGAUCUCGACGCGGGCUUUGAAGAAGUCCACCAGAACUUGACGCACCUGGAAGCUCGGCAGAGCAUGUGGACCAUGAACCAAGUGAUGCCCAUCCGCGAGGAGGUCACGGAGCUGCGCAACAAUAUCAACAUGAUCCGCAUGCACGUCAACUGGCUGCUAAACAGAAGCCGAGAAGAGGGCCGCAUCAGAGCAGCGCACAACUCUGGCACUGGUGCCAUCCGCAGAGAGAACUCGGCAGAUGGGACACAGAUCUCCCAAGGCUGUAAAAAGAAUGUACAAUGGACGAGGGAUGGGUUUUACUUGAUCCGAGCGCGACGUCUUGCCAAGCUGGGCACAGCGGCGCCCAAGCCAGAAGAGCCUACAGCCGAGCCAUCUGCCUCGACGGCCUCCUCUUCGAAGCCACAGACCGAGACGAAGCCCAGCCCCAUCACCGUCACACAGCUCAGCAGCAGAAAAGCUGGCAGCGCACCAGACAGCAAGGAUGGUUCAGGUACCGCCCGCCCCUCCCGCAAGCGACCAGCGUCGAGCGAUGCUGACGGUCUGGCUCAAGCCAAACCCUCUCCUCCCCCAGCAGCACGAAAACCCGCCCCGACACCGAGUGCACCCGAGUCGGACGAGGACUACACACAUCGCGUGCUGUCGCAGAUCUUCCGCGUCACGCUCGAUCCGCAUACCAUGUCGACACCCACGGGGCAACGCCUCAUGUUCCUACCCAACACAAACGCCGAGGCGAACGCAUCGGGCGACCCGCUCAAGUUCUCGCUGUCGAACCUGGAUCAAGCUAUAAUGGAGGCGGCGUCUACAUGGCCCAAGGGGAAACCUCUGCUGGACUACCUGCUACCGUGCUGGAAGCGUGCAGUCAAGGCAGCUAGCUCAGCAAAAGGGUUGAGCCCCGCCAGGGUCGUCGUUCUGGAGGAAGCAAAGCGGCUGAGUCUUAGCAACUGUCUCUUCUGCCUAACUGUGCCGGAACUUUUUGGUCGAGACGAGAAUGCGAUGGCAGACACACUGGUGCCGUACGUCUUGCGCGGGCCGCUGGAUGAGAACGGGCUGGACCUCAAGUUCUACGAAGACGCAAUCAAGAGAUUUGACGAGGACGAAGAGAUCCCCAGGCUUUUCACGAGGACCAUGAUCACCAUCAGCACACAGCUGUCGGGCUUGUCGAUGGAGGGCGACUACAAGCCGUACAUCCAGGCGCUACAGACGUAUGCGCGCUUCCCACCGCUGCUGCAUAACCUCGCGCAAGACGCCACCUUUAAGAUGGCGCAGUCCGCCCACAAUAUCGAGAAGCACACCCUGCUCGGCCCCUUCUUCCGACUGUCUCCUCUGCAACCUGAGGUGAUCAAGAGCUAUUUUCCCGGGCCGCGGACCCUCGACAAGGGCCGCAUUGCCAACUCCCAAGACGCGUUGCGCAUGGUCCUGCGGUCACAUCAAGACGAUCUGUUCCAGAUUGCCAAUUCCUUCAUCCGCGCAGGUCCCGACACAAGGAACCGUACACUGGACUGGUUCGCCUACAUUAUGAACACGAACCACAAAAGGCGCGCGCUCCAGGUGAACCCCAAGGAGGUCGCCUCGGACGGCUUCAUGAUGAAUGUGACGACCAUCCUUGACCGUUUUUGCGAACCUUUUAUGGAUAAUGACUUUAGCAAGGUGGACAAGAUCGACGUCAAGUAUUUCAAGCGCCAGCCGCGUGUGGAUAUCAAGGACGAGACCAAGAUCAACGCGGACCAGGCGGCGGCGGAGGAAUACUAUGCGCAGCAGGAGCCCGGGGACUCCAACUUCAUCUCCGAGGCCUUCUUUCUAACGCUGGCGGCGCAUCACUACGGCAGCGAGGCGACCAAUGCGCAGCUGAAGAACAUGGACCGCGAGAUCAAGUAUCUGGAGAAGCACAUCAAGGCCAUGGAGGCGGAGCGGCCCAAGAUCGCCAACUCCCCGACGCAGAUGCAGAUCGUCCUGGAGAAGGCCAUUGGGUUGAAGAUGGCCAUUGAGGGCGGAACAUCACUACGGUUCAUGCGGUACGUGGCGGUCUGGCUGCUGCGCCUGCCCGGCCACGAGAGUGAGGCGAUCAAGCUCCCCUUGUCCGUCGAGCGCAACGGUGCCUUUGCGUGCCUGCCCGAGUAUGUGCUGCAGAUCAUUGUGGACAACUUCAAUGCCGUGGGCGAGGAGCUGCCUGCGCUCUGCAUCACCCUGCUCCGCUCCUCGGAUUACAUCAAGAACCCCUAUGUCAAGUCGUCGCUGGUUACACUCCUCUUCUCGGGGACGUGGCCGUUUAUGCACUUGAAAAAGGGCGUCCUGGGCGACCAGCUCGUGUCGCUUCCGUUCGCCAACGACUACCUGCUCCACUCGCUGAUGAAGUUCUACAUUGAGUGCGAGUCGACGGGCGCCAACUCGGCCUUUUACGACAAGUUCAACAUCCGCUACGAGAUCUUCCAGGUCAUCAAGUGCGUGUGGCAGCUGAUGCGCGAGAGCAAAGUGAACAAGGCGUUCUUUGUCCAAUUCGUAAACAUGCUGCUCAACGACGCCACCUACGUCCUCGACGAGGCCUUUACCAAGUUCCCCAAGAUGCGCGCGCUGGAGCGCGAGCUCGAGGACCGAAGCAUGCCGGCGGAGACGCGGCAGAAGAAGGAGGAGGAGCUGCAGACGCUGGGCAACCAGGCCACGUCGUACAUGCAGCUCGCAAACGAGACGCUCGAGAUGAUGAAGCUCUUCACCGAGGCGCUCGGCGAGUCCUUUACGAUGCCCGAGAUUGUGACGCGCCUGGCGAGCAUGCUCAACUACAACGUGGAGACCCUCGCGGGCAAAAAGGCGGCCGCCGAGCUGUCCGUGUCCAACCGGGACAAGUACCACUUUCGGCCCAUCCAGCUCAUCUCGGACUUUGUCGAGAUCUACCUCAACCUUGGCAGCUCGCCGGAUUUCAUCCACGCGGUCGCCGCCGACGGCCGCUCGUACAAGCCCGAGGUGCUUGAUCGCGUGUCGCACAUUCUAGAGAAGAAGGGCCAGCUCGACGCCCGAGGCCUGGAGCGCUGGGCCCAGCUCAAGCAGGCCUUUGUCCAGGCCAAGCUCGACAUUGACCAGGCAGAGCUCGACCUCGGCGACAUCCCCGCCGAAUUUGAGGAUCCCAUCAUGGGUGACCUGAUGAACGACCCGGUGCUGCUGCCGAGCCAGCACAUUGUGGACCGCUCGACGAUUGCGCAGCAUCUGCUCAGCGACCCCAAGGAUCCGUUUACGCGCCAGCCGAUGACGGUGGAUGACGCGAUUCCGCAGCCGGAGCUGAAGGAGAAGAUUCAGAGGUGGAAGGAGGAGAGGGUGCAGGCGGCCCGGGACAAGCUGGUGAGCACCACAGCGACGGGGGCUCAGAAUGACGGGAUGGAUACCACGGAGGGAUGA